AUGGCGGCAUCGCCGUCAAAAUCUAUGCCCACGUCGCCGUACGACGGCGUGUCGCGGCUGCACGGCGCGCUGUUGGUGGACGAGAUCCUGACGCGCCUGCCGGCCGCCGCCGCCGUGCGCUUCCGAUCUGUCUGUCGGGCGUGGAACGAGGCCCUCACAUCUGACCACUUCGUCGCUACGCACGCCGCGAGAGCUGCUGCCGCGCGCCAGCCAGAGAUCCUCUUCUUCCCGCCGGCCGAGGGGUCCUCCACGUCCUUCUACACGUGCUCGCUCCCUCCCGAGGGCGAGGGUUCGCCGCCCGCCGCCGCCCGCAGGCUCCUCACCGUGCGCAAUCUCGCGGCGGAGUACGUCGUUCUGUCCCGAAAGCCAUGCCGCGGCCUGACGCUCGUCAUGGAAGCCAGCUCGUCCGAGUACUACGUCUUCAACCUCUCCACCGGCGACCACGUCGCCCUGCCACCAUGCGAACCAGCACAAGCAUGUGGUAAUUUAUAUGGCCUAUUCCUCCCUUUGAGUACACCAUGGACCCCCUUCGAGUUCUCCAGCGCCGGCCUCGGCUUCGACCCGGCCACCGGCGAGCACAAGGCGGUCAGACUCUUCCUGAUCAGCGGCAAGCAGCGGCAGUUCAAGUGCGAGGUGUACACCAUGGGAUCUGCCGGCGGGUGGCGGCCCUGCGCUGGCGAGGUGCCACCUGACGUCCACGGGUAUUUCCUCGCUGGUCUGCCUCCGGUCACCGUUGACGGGUCCUUCUACUGGCUGCUGACGCCGUCUAGGGAUGAAAGCGUCGAGUUCAAGAAUACUCCCAUCCUGUCCUUCUCUGUGGGAGCCGAGCAGUUCGGUUGGGUCCACAUGCCGCCGGGGCUGCGGAAACGCCUCCGCCACCUCGCCGAGCUCGACGGUUCCCUGUGCGCCGUCGUCCAUGGCCUCCACCACCGGUUCCGCAGUCGUAACGCGGAUCGCGUGAUCAAGGUCCUGACAUGGAGCGGCGGCACGACAUCGUCGUGGCGGACGCGCUGCCGCAUCGAGCUCGAUAGCCUGCCACGGCUCAUCAGCAAGGAGCUGGACGAGGAGAAGCUCACCAUCAUCCCGCUCUGCACCACCGCCGGCGGCAAGAUCCUGCUCGCGACAGGCCGUCACAAGGUCUUCGCGUACGACGCGGAGCGCAACAGCGUGCACAAGGUCUUCUCGAUGUACGACUACGUCGACUUCCCUGUGUGCCACACGGAUGCCCGGCUGCUCAUCAACAUUUUCCUCCACGAAGAGCGCAUCGUCGGCGUCCCCAAGCCACCCGUCAAGCCGCCGGCGGAGAGGCUUCAUGGCAUACCUAAAAACCUCAUAAAGCCUGGGCAAACGUGCCUAAGGUGCCACUUAUUUGGAGAAAACCAUUGUAGAAAAUCACUAACGCAAGCAGCUGCGGCGCCGUCGACAAGCCUCGCCGGCCGUCCGCGCUCGAGGGGACUUAUUAGCCCCGCCGGCCUACAUGUGACCUUGGGCGGACACACGGUUAGCAGGCGGGAGAAGCAUCGCUCCGACGAAAGCUACCCCUAUUCUAUCAGAGAAAGAUGGACGAAGCAGUGGACUCCAGCGCUCAGAAAUUGCCUACCGAAUGUCAUGAGCUUGGAAUAA